UCAUGCACAGAGUGUCUAACAUUUAGAGAACAUUGCAUGACUAACUGUAGCGUUCAUAUAAGAGACAUAUAUUAAUCUGAAUAGUGUUGCGGAAACUAAUUAUCAAGAAAUAAGACAAAAUGGGGUCUUGUGGAAUUAUGUUACGACCGUCAAAAAUUCGCUUCUCUCAGUGUUCAAUUUCAAAUACGUUUACGGACGGAACGUUGAUUGGAGAGCUAGUGGAUGAUAUUUACGCCGGACGUUGUUUUGCGUCAGCUGUAAAGCCAAUUGAAGUGUCAAAGAUUCGCGAGAAAUGGUACACAAGUGACAAUCGUAGACUUUGGGUGUUCCGACAGCUUGAACUUCUUGGUAAAUUAAAAGAAAUACGUGUGAAAGUCAUAGAAGCGAUUUUGCCAGGGAAAAUGUCCAAUAGGUACGGUGGAAAAAGUAUAACCAUUCGAAAUGGUGGUGACCCAGGAGGAAUAACGCACAGAAUGGUACCACAAGUGACAGUGAAACAAACUAAAACCAGACGAUCAAAGAAAGCAGGGAAAUCUACACAGCAAUUUACCUCGGACAUAACGAUAUCAACCGACUCUAACUGUAAGAAAACAAAUCAACCUGACAGUAAAACGAAACAAGCAAAUGACACAGGCUCGUCUGCCUGUAAAUUUACGCAGCCAAAGACACUCAAAGUGGGUGGCGGAAGUGGUAGUAAGCCAUCUAAUGGAGGUACAUCAAUGAAACCAGAGACAAUCAAAGUGGGUGGCCGAAGUGGUAAUAAGCCAUCUAAUGGUACUACAUCAAUGAAACCAAAGAUAGCAAAAGUCGCUGGCGAAAGUGGUAGUAAGCCAUCUUAUGGUAUUACAUCUAUGAAACCAAAGACAGUCAAAGUGGAUGGCGGAAGUGGAAGUAAGCCAUCUAAUGGGUGUACAUCAAUGGAACCAAAGAUAGUCAAAGUUGGCGGCGGUAGUGGAAGUAAGCCAUCUACUGGUUGCACAUCAAUGAAACCGAAGGCAGCCAAAGUCGCUGGCGGAAGUGGUAGUAAGCCAUCUAAUGGUACUACAUCAAUGAAACCAAAGGCAGUUCAAGUGGGUGGCGGAAGUGGUAGUAAGCCAUCUAAUAGAUCUGCAUCAAUGAAACCAAAGGCAGUCCAAGUGGGUGGCGGAAGUGGUAGUAAGCCAUCUAAUGGAUCUACAUCAAUGAAACCAAAGACAGUCAAAGUGGGUGGCGAAAGUAGAAGUAAUCCAUUGAAUGGAUGUACAUCAAUGAAACCAAAGGCAGUCAAGUUGUGUGUCGAAGGUGGGGACGCUUACAAUGAUAUGGACACUAAUGUAUGUGAAAGUGUCUACAAAAGUGGAUCAAAAAAGAAGCGAAGGAAACGGACAAGGAGAAGCAAGAAGAAAAUGCUCGAUGAAUUUUCUGAAAAUGCAAAAGAAAGAAAACGCGCGCAAUGUCAACAUUCAGAAGAGAUGCAUCUUGAAGCCGAGCCUCUCGAAGAUAUGUUUACAAUGGACGACCACAAUGUGAAAGAUAAGUGCGUUGAUAACGUUCCAUCUGAUGUGCGUUUGGCUUAUGAAUUAACACGCCUUACAUACCAGUCAACCUCCAGGAACCUCGUACAUACAAACUUUUCUGCCACAAAUUGGUUCGAUUUAAUGGUGGACGCAGAAAAUAAACAGAAUGAUGUGCGAUACAUAGAAUCAAACCAUAACCUAGAAACAAUGUCUAACGGAUAUUGGCAUUACAAACAUAUAGCAGAACUAUUUUUGAACGGAUCCUUGUGUGCACAUCAUUUAUUAUUUGCUAAUUUGGAUGACAGUUCUAUAUAGAUGCAGGUUGCUGCAAAUUGCGUUGCCAUGGUUAUGAAAAAGAAAGUCAAUUUUGAAAUUAUUUUCAUGUCUCAUCUAAGUCUUGCGAUAUGGGCAUUACAUUUUAAAUGCUCUGUUUAUAAUGUUAUGUUUAUACAUUAUCUUACA